AUGCCUCACAAAGAAGAGACUAGCGUUUCCAUCAAGGAACUCCAUCCAACCUUUGCCGCUGAAGUAAGAGGAGUUGACUUUAGUAAAGAGAUACCUGAUGAUGUAUUUCAAGAGGUACAGGAAGCCAUUACGAAGUAUGGUGUAGUUCGCUUCCCUGAAACUGGCCUCGAUGAUGCAGGUCACGUCGCCUUCGCUGCGAGGUUUGGAGAGCUUGACGAUGUUAGUCCUUACAAUAAGCAAGGCAAGAAACACCGAUUGCCCUUUGAGGAGCUGUUUGAUGUGAGCAAUCUGUUGGAGGAUGGCUCGAUUGCCCCUUUGGAUAGCCACAGAGCUGCUAUGAACAAGGGCAAUAGUCUAUUCCAUGUCGAUAGCUCUUUUAACCCCAGACGUGGCGGAUACAGCAUUCUCAAAGCCCAUGAAUUGCCGCCCGCGGGCACUGGCGGUGCAACUGAGUAUGCCGACACGAGAGCUGCUUAUGACGACCUCCCCGAAGACCUCAAGAAGGAGCUUCUUGAUAACGACUACGUUGCCUGCCAUUCUCUUUUCCAUUCACGGAAGACGGCGUCACCAGAGGCAUUACCAGGCUUGAAUCCAGAAGACCACUUCAUGUCGCGCCACAAGCUAAUUCAACGCCACGAGGCCAGCGGGCGGAUGAAUCUGUAUAUCGCUUCUCAUGUUCACCACAUCGAAGGAAUGGACCGCGACAAAUCUCGACAGCUCGUUGAAAGACUGUACACACAUGCUUGUCAACCGAAGUAUGUUGUCAGUAUUCCGUGGGAGAAUGCAGGCGAUAUGAUCUUGUGGGACAACACUUGUGUUAUGCAUCGAGCAACUGGAGGCUCGUUUGAAGGCAAGUACAAAAGAGAUAUGCGUCGAGCAACUGUGCAUGAUAUGAGUAGCCAGGCCUGGGGCUCGAAUGAGAAGAAUAGUGAAAGGAUGGGCUAUCCUUGA